CCUAUGGGAUAACUUGUACGCAACUACUUCAAACUGUAUAUAACGCUUGACAAAGAAAAACAGUUCUGUUUAACUAAAGAAUGCAGUGUGGUGUAAAUUAGCCCUCAACCAGCUGUUCGUCUCCCAUUGUUGGCUGACUCGUCCGCGAGUGAGAUCAGAUAACUUGAAUUGCCGCUUUCCUGUGGAACAAUGCAACUAAACCUUUGCUAGACUAGAACAAAAACCCCAAAACGACGGCGACACCUGGUCCAUCGCAGACGGCUCAGACAUCGAUGAUGAAGUUUGUGACAGCGAAAGUGACGCGGAAGACGAUCCAAUACAUGGUGGACCGUGAGGAGUUUCAAAAGUCGGUCAUUUCUCUGAUUGUUCAUGAUGGCCUCUCGCUCGUCACAUUCCAGCAGUCGGCUAUGCGGACACUGCUAGGGCCUGCUGCUAAUCAGCUCUCUGUCAGCCUAGACAGAGAUCAGAUCCGCCACAUGGUGGUGGCUGAGGCCGACAGGUUGAAGGAGGAAAUCAAGUCGGAGCUGAGCCAGGAAUGCGUAUUCAUCAAGGCAGACGCCGCCACCAGGCUCAUGCGGAACUACAUGGGCAUCAACGUCCAGUACUUCCGCGACGGGGAGAUUAAAAUCAAGACUCUUCCCAUCAAGGACACCGACGGGGGGCAUGACACUGAGGCGGUCAAGAAUGUCAUCAACGCCGUCAUCAAGGAUUUUGACCUGCAUGUCCUCUCCAUCGUCGUCGAUAACGCAGCGACCAUGAGCAAAGCCGUGCGGCUCAUCAAUGAGGACGACGAAGAUGCUGAUGAUGAAAACGAAAUGGAUGAGGACGAGGUGGGCGUCAAUCUGGACGACGAGGUCCAGCUUGAGAAGUUCGCUGGGAUUCAGGAUGCCGAUUUUCGAAUGAUUCAUCACAUGCGCUGUGCUAUUCACACGCUGCAACUGGCAAUUCGUGACGGAUUGAAGGCGGAGCAUGUCAUGAAACUACUGGAUAAAGUCCGACGGGUGGUGAAGAGACUGCGGACCCCCAAUCUGCUUGCUGUCCUCCGUCGUCGAGGAGGUCUUCUCCCUGUCGUCGAUGUGCCCACCCGUUGGGGAAGCACCUACCUCAUGACAAAACGGCUCCUUCAUCUACGAGAGCAUGUCCAGGACUUGGCGGCUGCUUCUCCGGAUCUUCUCCUUAACGAGUCAGAAUGGAAGAAGCUUGAGACCUUGGCCACAAUCCUCAAGAUGCCACACGAUGUCACGGUCAAGCUCCAGUCGGCCUCAAUCACCCCCGGCAGCUUUCUCAAGGAGUGGUCGGCCUUGAAGGCAGCGUCGCGCAAGCAGCCCCCUCUGGCUUCACCAAUCGCCAAUUCAAUGGAACAACGAGAGGACAAGCUCUUCGACAAUGAUUUUUUUUCUGGCAGCCAUCUUCGUCGAUGCGCGUUACCGCAUUCUCCUCAGCGAAGAGCAGAUGGAGCGCGCCCCUCCGUGCCGUUGUGAGGCGAAUCCGGUCUCGUACCCACCAGCACCUGGAAGUACCGUCGAUGGAGGCCGAGGUUGAUUGCUGCACACCGACGGAGGAGGAUGAGUUUGAAAAAGAACUUGACAACAUUGAGCGCCUCCAGCGUUUGUCGGCCGCCACCUCGCCAACCGACAUAGAUGAAGAAAUUGGGGCAAUGUUGGCACUUGGUCGAAUGAAAGCAAUGCCAAUCAGCCAAGUCAGCGUAGAGCGCCUGUUUUCCGGGCUCAGGUUCAUUAUGUCUGAUCAGCGCGGUGCGAUGAAGGCUGACUUGGUUGAGGCGAUUUUGUUCCUAAGAACAAACUCAAGUCGUUGAAUUGAAACU